UAAUCUGAUGAUAAAAAGCCCUCCCUUUUUUUUUUUAAUCUUCUUCCUAGUCUCAAUUUACUUCCAAUCUUAACUUCCCAAACUGUUCCAUUGUUGAAGAUCUAGCGACCUCUGCCCCUUUUUCUUCAUAUGAUAGCUUGACACAGCUUCUCAUCUUUCUCCUCUCUUUCUCUCUCUUUCGUUUUUCUACUCUCUGCACUUAUAAAGACGAAGAAGAAGGAGAGGUAGGCUUUCGUAUCGUGUUCCAUCGACAUCUUCUUAACAAAAGCUUUUAAAAAAAGGCAUCUUUGACUGGUUCGAAUGUUGAUGUCCGGAGUAGCAGAAGAGGUUUCCUCCUCGGUGACAUCUUCCCCUCUUCUCAGCUUCAUGUCGAUCUCACCGACGGCACUCGGCUCCCCAUACUCUCCAUGGCUGCGCGAGCUCAAGUCCGACGAGCGCGGUCUCUUCCUCAUCCAUCUCCUUCUCAACUGCGCCAACCAUGUGGCCGCCGGUAAUCUCGAUCAAGCCAACGCCUUUCUGGAACACAUCUCUCUCCUCGCUUCUCCUGAAGGCGAUACUAUGCAGCGAAUCGCGUCUUACUUCACUGAAGCUCUUGCCCGCCGCCUCCUUCGCUCAUGGCCUGGAGUUUACCGAGCCCUGAAUCCUAUCGCCGCCGAUAUCUGCGCAAAAUCCGCUGCUCGCCGUCUCUUUCUCGAUCUCUGCCCCUUUCUGCGCCUCUCCUUCCUGGUUUCGAACCAAGCUAUUCUGGAAGCAAUGGAAGGUGAAAAGGUCGUCCACAUCGUCGACCUUGGGGGAUCUGAUCCGGCCCAAUGGCUUGCUCUGCUUCAGGGUCUCGCCGGCCGGCCGGAAGGCCCUCCGCAUCUCCGCAUCACUGCUGUUGGGGAGCACAAGGACCUUCUCCUGCAAACAGCGUCUGUUCUGUCUAAAGAGGCGGAGAAGCUCGACAUCCCUUUUCAAUUCAACGCCGUCGUUUCGAAGCUCGACGCUCUCAGCGUCGAGAGCCUGCGUGUCAAAACAGGGGAAGCAGUCGCCAUUAGCUCCGUUCUCCAACUCCAUUCUCUCCUCGCCUCCGAUGACAUCACCGCCGCUCGAAAGCUCUUCCCUUUUCAAUCCGCCGGCACGCUCGUCGAUCUGUUGGACAAAGAUCAUGGCUCAGAUUCCUCUUCCUCGGCUUUCAGCCUCCCCACGUCGGCCAAAAUGGAAACUUUUCUCGCUUCUUUAUGGAGUCUCUCCCCGAAAAUCAUGGUGGUGACAGAACAGGAGUCGAACCAUAAUGGAUCAUCUCUGAACGAGAGAUUCGUGGAAGCGCUGAACUUCUACGCAGCGCUGUUUGAUUGCUUGGAGUCGACGUUGCCGAGGCAGUCGGCGGAGCGGCUGAAUGUGGAAAAGAAGCUGUUUGGGGAGGAGAUAAAGAACAUAAUGGCUUGUGAAGGAUUGGAGAGGAAGGAGAGGCAUGAGAAGCUUGAGAAAUGGAUAAUGAGGUUUGAAAUGGCUGGAUUUGGGAGAGUGCCGCUGAGCUAUUACGGGAUGUUGCAGGCCAGAAGGAUGUUGCAGAGUUUUGGAUGUGAUGGAUACAGAGUGAAGGAGGAGAAUGGUUGCUUUCAAUUUUGUUGGCAGGACAGAGCUCUGUUCUCUGUUUCCGCUUGGAAAUUUAGGAGAUUUGAUUGAGUUUUAUGUGUUUUAGUAUUUGGAUUAGUAUUAUUGUUUUGU